UCUAUCAUAGUGGUCAGCUACUGAAAGUAACACAAGGGGUGAAACAGUAACUGUUUUGCUCAAAAAAGUGUUUUCUUUGAUACUUGAACUCAUAAUCGGCUGCAGGUACUCUUUGUAGGCCUUUUCUUGAACUUACGUUUUGUUCGCCUCCCAACUUUAGUGCGCGCACCACACCAAAUAUAUGUUAAGUGCAUCCCUCGUUCUUUUUUUGACCCCAUGUUUGGUCAAGUGGUUAUAGGACCUCCAGGAAGUGGCAAAUCUACAUAUUGCCAUGGGAUGUAUCAGUUUUUAUCAGCCAUAGGUCGGAAAAGUACCAUUAUCAACCUUGAUCCUGCAAAUGCAAAUUUACCUUAUCCAUCUUGUUCGUUUGACAUCCGAGAUUUUGUGAGCGUGGAGGAAAUAAUGGAAAGCCAGAACCUUGGUCCAAACGGAGGAUUAAUGUAUGCUCUUGAGAGUCUUAGCGAGAAUGCUUUGGACUCUAUCAUGAAAGAAUGGGAAGAAAUAGGAAAAAAUAGUUAUUUGCUAUUUGAUUGCCCCGGCCAAGUUGAGUUAUACACGCACCACAAUGCAUUUUUCAAAAUCUUUAAAAGGCUCGAAAAUAAAACAGAUGCCAGAUUGUGUGUUGUGUCAUUGGUGGAUUCUCUCUACUUAACAAGCCCCUCUCUGUAUGUGUCCGUCUUACUUCUUAGUUUGCGAUCCAUGUUACAACUUGACCUACCGCACAUCAACGUGAUCUCCAAAAUCGAUAAGCUUCAAUCAUACGGAAAGCUAGCUAUGAGGCUAGACUUUUAUACAGAAGUACAAGAUCUUAAGUAUCUUGGAAAGUUUUUGCAAAAAGAAUCGCCAUCACUCUUGGGGAAGAAUUAUGUUCGGCUCUCAGAAAUGAUAGCAGAACUUAUUGAGGACUACAAUCUUGUUUCGUUCGAGGUUCUUGCAAUUGACAACAAGCAGACUAUGAUAAACAUUCUACAAGUUAUUGAUAAAGCAAAUGGGUAUUUAUAUGGGAGUACAGAGAUUGGUGGUGAUCUGGUGUGGACCCAGGCUACUCGCAAUGGUUGGAGUACAUCCAGUGAUAUUAUAGAUAUACACGAGCGAUGGGUAGAUAACAAACAACUUUAUGACAAAAUAGAGUGUGAGCGUGACCUGCGGAGUGUGCAAGAGGAAACAUUGGAUCAUUGAGUCUGAUAAUUCUAGAAUCUAAAACUCAGUUAGUAAAGCUUUUGCAACAUCUAAAUUUUCUUCCCCAUUGUACUUUGCCACGAAAUCUGCGAGUUUUGUUCUGUAUUCCGCAAUCCUCUUGUUUAAUUCAUCAAUCAUUCUUUUUGAUUCCGAUGUGAUCUCAUGUUGCUUCUUGAUAUCAUACGCGUCGGCCAUACACGAUUCCAUCUCCCCAAGAAUUUUCAAUUCCGCUUCCAACUCCUUGAAGUAUAAAGCUUUUUCUUUUUUGAGCCUUUCCAAUGCUCUUGUUUGGAUUUGUAGU